CUUUUUUUUUCCUCUUUUUGCGGGAACCGUCUGAUUUAUUUAUUUUUGUAUACAUACACAACAAAUUAAAAAAAGAUGUGGACCACUUCUUCUUUUCUUUCGUUUUCUUUUCGUUUUUUUAUUCUACAAAUCUUGAGAUUUAUUAUGCGUGAUUGGCUUGCUUUGCCCUUGUCUCCCACCACAAAUAAUAAUAAUAAUAAUAACAAUAGUAGCAGCAGUAAUGAUGAUGAUGAAGGCAUCAUGGUAGAUACUAUCAACCAAGAAAAACCUUCAACUUGGAUGUCUCUCUUAUUUGCUAUUGGUGCUGCUAAAAAAAUCAAGCAAAAGAGUACAGUAGCUAAAGAUGAAACACAUCCUCCACCUUGUUGUACAGAACAAGAGUUUGAACAACAGCAACAACAACAACAACAAGCAGCGCUACCUAGGAUUUUAUCUUCAAGUAGUCUUACAUCUUCCACUGAUUCAGACAAUUCUACACCAGCUUUAUCAGAAAUUAUUCAAUCUUCUAACAAAUACCCUUCUAACGCAUCUACCAAAAAGACAACCGAGGUUUUGAUUCGCUGGAACCAUGGAGGUAAAAAAGUCCAAGUAACAGGCGAAUUCGAUAAUUGGUCAGGAUCUGUUGAUAUGAUACCAGAUGCUGAAGAUGCACAUUGUUACAGUGUCUCUAUUCCAAUGAAUUUAACUAAAGAUGUUGAAUACAAAUUCAUUGUGGACGGUGAAUGGAAAUAUGCCAAGGAUCUUCCUCAUCGUACUGAUUGGCGUGGUAAUAUAAACAAUGUCAUUUAUAAAGAAUAAAACAAAUCGAAAAAAAGGGUAUCUAGUUAAAGACUAUGAGUUGCAUAUAACACAACAAAUACAAUGAUUAGAAUCAAAAGAAUCGAACUAAAUCCAAGUGACAUGAUUCUAUUUAACUUUUGCCAUCGAUCUGCCAUUUUACCACCUUUUUCCCUGACAUGUCUGGGCCAAAAGGAUCCAAUCCACCACAGAGGCGGGCAAAGAAAUCCAA